AUCAUAUCAAUAUAAUAUUAUUAUUAAACAUCUUUUCUUUUCAUUUGUAGUGCAAACAAAUACAUAAUAAUAUUGGGAGUGUACUUCGCGUAAUUGAUGCAUUUCCAUUUUAUUCGGCUCAGAAACGUCAAAUUCUCUUAAAAUCUGUUUCCUCGGUUAAGGAUUUUAAUAUUCUCAGGACAAAAUUUUAUUUUCUACAAUAUUUGUAGUAUAAUAUUCAGAAGAAUGAGUGUCUCCAGAUUAAGGUCGCGAACCAGUUCCGUGGGAUCACGAUUAAGCCGCCGAAACUUUUUUGAGAAACGUUUCUCCGCUUCUAAUCGCGAGUCUAAAGUGUCUCUGGAGCCUUCUUUAUUGGAGAAACGAGUUACAGAAGCCUUUGACGUUUUUGACAAUGCUAGAAGCCGUGAAAUAGAUGUUCGAGAAUUAGGAACAAUAAUAAGAUCGUUGGGUUGCGUAAUUACUGAAACGGAAUUACAAGAGAUUCAAGUGGAAGUUGAAGAUGUUGAAAAUAACUGUGUACAACAAGCACGAUUUGUAGAAUAUAUGUGCAAGGUCAUUAGUGAGAGAAAAUUUAGACCAGCCGAUCCCGAGGAACUUCUCAAGGCUUUUCAAUUGCUGGACCCAGACAAUCGUGGUUACAUUAUGCGUGAAGAUCUUGAAAAAGCCAUGAUGGAACUUGGUGAACCAUUCAACAAGGAAGAAGUGGCCGAAAUGAUGGCAAUAGCUUGCGAUACCGAGACAAACAAAGUUGAUUACGAGCAUUAUAUUAAUCUGCUUAUUGUAAAAUUCCCAGAAGAUUUAAACGUUUACGACAUUGUCGACAAGAUAGAAGCAGCCAGAUUAUCGGUUAAGCCCAAAAAACGGAAACUUCUUGACUCAAUUGGUUCCCAUGCUGACAUUAGUUAGAUAUCAUAGUAUAAUGAAGACAAGGUUUACCUAUUUA